AUGGCGCUUCACCAAGCAAAGUCAGACAAGCUGAUCUUCGCGCCCGCCGGUGGCGCCCAAAACGCCCGCGCAGACCAGUUCACCCAGCACGAGUCCAAGGGCGGCCUGCACCGGCGCGAUCUGGACCCGCACAGCCCUAUCACACAGUUCCACUCGUGGUUCUCAGCAGCGCAGACCUACGGCGGGGCCAAGGAGUCAGGAGAAUCUGGCCAGCAGCAGCAGAAGAUCGCGCACCCAGAGACGUGCACCUUGUCCACGGCGUCGCUGCCGUCGGGCCGCGUGUCGGCGCGCGUCGUGUACAUGAAGGAGCUGGACCACCGCGGGUUCGUGAUCUACUCCAACUUCGGCACGAGCCGCAAGGCGUCCGACCUCGCGACCAACAGCUGGGCGAGCCUGGUGUUCUGGUGGGAGGCGAUGGAGCGGCAGGUGCGCGUCGAGGGCCGCGCGGAGCGCCUGACCCGCGAGGAGAGCCAGCGCUACUACGACACGCGCGUGCGCGGCAGCCGCAUCGGGGCGUGGUCGAGCCGGCAGAGCGCGGUGCUGAGGCCCGAGGGGGGCGGCGGCGAGGACGACGGGCGCGGGCAGCUGCAGCGGUGGGUCGAGGAGACGGAGGAGAGGUUUAAGGGCACCGAGGACAUCCCCGUGCCUGACUUCUGGGGCGGGCUGAGGAUCGUGCCUGAGAGAGUCGAGUUCUGGCAGGGCAGGGAGAACAGGCUGCACGAUCGGUUCGUGUAUGAUAAGGUGGAGGGGCAGGAAGGCAAGUGGACGCUGGACCGGCUGAGCCCGUGA